AUGCGGCGAAAUCGAGGAGGACCUAGCUCUCCAUUCCGAGGCAAUGGAGCUCCAAUACCGGACUCUUUGUCCCUGAUCCGCGCGUUUGAAAGUGAUGCCCAUCCUACUCGGCCUAUUCGGCCUUCUCCAUUAACAGCGUCGACGAUUCCCGAUAUGCCACUCGACCUGCUAGACCGCAUACGCUCCUUUCCCCUCUUCCUCUCUGCCCCCGACUCCUUCCUCGCUGCGAUUGGCAAGCACUUGCGCCCACAGGUCCAUUCACCACACGAUCACAUCUUGACGGAAGGAGACGAUGCCAAAGCCAUGUACUGGCUAGUGCGGGGUGCCGUAGCAGUCACCUCGCGCGAUGGCGAAGCUACAUACGCGGAACUGCGACCCGGGGCGUUCUUUGGCGAGAUAGGGAUUCUCAUGGACGUGCCGCGGACAGCUACUAUUAUCGCCAGGACGAAAUGCCUGCUGGUUGUGCUGAAGAAGGAGGAUCUGCGGGCAGAGCUUCCUGGAUUUCCGGAGAUGGAACGAGCGAUCAUGGAGGAGGCGCAAGAACGGCUUACAAUAUUGAAUAAGAAGAGGAAGGAGGGUGGAUAUGGUCCAAAAGUUGUCUCUACUUCGCUCCCGUCCAGAGGGGGGAAGGUCGCAAGAGAAGCGGCACCCGGAGAGGUCGCUACUGGUGACGUGGGAGUCAUUGAGGGCGGAGCGGUAAUAAAUAAGAAAAAGCGAAAAUCUCCCAGUCCGCAGGGAAUCGAGGAUAUAGCUGCGGGGAGUGCGCUAGGGAGUGGAUUUGUGAAUGUGAGACGGACGCUUAAGGAAUUGCCUCUUUUUUCAACUUUACCGCCUGACAUUCUACACUUUCUCGGACUGAGCGCUCAACCGAAGACAUACCCGCCAUUUACAGACAUCAUUACACAAGGCUCUCUAGGAAAUGAAAUAUACUUCAUAGUGCGGGGAGAAGCUGAAGUCAUCCAUGAGACUGCAAAUGGGCAAGCUAUUAACCCGUCGUCAAGGGGUUCCAAUUUACGACCGCGACUCAAGCAGGGUCAGUAUUUUGGAGAAGUGGCAAGUUUGGCUCUAGCACCCAGAAGGACAGCUACCGUUCGGUCUAUUACUACAGUUGAGUGUCUGAUGAUCAGUGGAGAAGUCCUUGAGGAGCUCUGGGUGCGAUGUCCUCCUGAUAUAAAACGGCAGGUUGAAACGACGGCAAAAUUGCGGAUUGCGAAACCUGACAGCGAGGAUACAGCUAUGACAGAUGUUGAUGGACCUCCGAUUAACCAGCUGGAACUAGAAGAGCGUAUCAAAACACCAAUACGAGGUUCCUUACCUCAAGUUACAUUUACUCCUUCGAAACCAGCAAGUCCGCACAAGCCAAGUCGAGCGGAGGAUAUGGAAGUGCUGGAACCUCUAGAUCCAGAUCCAUUUCUCAGCGUCGAUAUGGACAAUAUGAGAACAAGAGGGGCUAGAAGGGGUUCAUGGGCGCCCCCAAAUACAGAGGCUCCAGAGGAACCUACUUCACCUACUUCAAAUCCCGGUCCGCGGACGAGAUCAAGAACAUCAACGCCCACACCCUCAAAAGUACCCCACGCAGUCACUCCUUCGGAAUUCAGCUUCCGUUCCAAAAGACCCAAGAUUUUAGAAAGACGACCAAGCCAAUACAAUAGAGGUAUCUUGCCCGACGGAAUCCUCACAGCCAUCUUCACCUAUCUAGACAUCUAUCAACUAAUGCGCCUGCGCCGCGUUUCUCUCCACUGGUCCAAACUCUUAACCAACUCCCAGGACCUCUGCCAUUAUCUCGACCUCUCCGCCUACAAUCGCACCGUGACCAACCACACCCUGAUAACGCUCAUAUGUCCCUUUGUUGGCAAACGCGCCCGCACAAUCGACAUUAGCAACUGCUUCCACAUAACAGACGAAGGCUUCACGGCACUCUCAACUCAAUGUGGAAGCAAUACGACCUCGUGGAAGAUGAAAUCCGUAUGGGAUAUCAGUGCGAAUGCCGUGCUAGACAUGGCGAACAACGCGAAACAGCUCGAGGAAAUCGACCUCUCGAAUUGCAGGAAAGUAUCUGAUAACCUGCUUGCGCGAAUCGUAGGAUGGGUUGUCACCGAACCCAAUACUCCCCAGGCAUCAAACUCCCGCACCAGCAAUUCCAAAGCGCUUGCUAUACAAGCACAAGCUCCUCCUGUCGGAACAGUAGUCGGAUGCCCCAAGCUCAAGCGCCUUGUCCUAAGUUACUGCAAACACGUCACUGAUCGCAGCAUGGCUCAUCUCGCCGUCCACGCGCAUGCGAGAUUACAAAGUAUUGAUCUAACACGGUGCACGACGAUCACGGAUGGCGGCUUCCAGCAUUGGAGCAUUUACAAGUUUACUAAGCUAGAGAGGCUGAUUCUGGCGGAUUGUACGUAUUUGACGGAUAAUGCAAUUGUGUACUUGACGAAUGCGGCCAAGGGGUUGAGGGAGUUGGAUUUGUCAUUCUGCUGCGCCCUCUCGGACACAGCAACCGAAGUGCUAUCCCUCGGCUGCCCGCUCCUCUCCUCCCUCAAACUCUCCUUCUGCGGCAGCGCCGUUUCUGACUCGUCACUCCGCUCCAUCGGUCUGCAUCUGCUCGAGCUCAAAGAACUGUCCGUGCGCGGCUGUGUACGUGUCACCGGCGUGGGCGUCGAGGCCGUGGUGGAAGGCUGUACGGUGCUGGAGCGCUUCGAUGUCAGUCAGUGUAAGAACCUGGCGCGGUGGUUGGAGGGCGGGGGCGAGGAGAGGAGUCGUAGGGUUUAUGGGCGGAAGAGUCUUAAGUUCGAGACGAGGAAGGGGGAUGGUGGGUUGAAGGCGGGGGGGUGG